CUCUCUCUCUCUCUCUCUCAUAUGGCAAUCAACAACAGUGUAACACAACUAAACAUCCACCAAAGCAUAGUCCCUAGUACAAAAGGAGAUUCUCUGCCAAGAAAAAUAAACUUUAAGAUCGAACAACCCAUCAAGUAUUCACAACAAGUAGAGGAAGUUCGAAACCUUCUAAAGCAUGUCGAAGGUGAGCCCUUAAAACCUGUGGACAUGGUUGAUGUUCUCCACAAACUUUGCAUCAACCAUCACUUCGAAGAGGAGAUUGACUCAAUCUUGAAAACGCAUUACACUAAAAUUUCCAAUGGCCAUGUUUCUAACCAUGACCAAAGUCUUUAUGAGGUUUCCUGCAAUUUCCGGAUCCUUCGACAAGAAGGCUAUUAUGUUCCAGCAGAUGUUUUUGCACGCUUCAAGCAAAAGAAUGGAAUCUUCCUUGAGGAAAUGGCGGAAGAUGUAAAGGGAUUAAUGGCAUUAUAUGAAGCAUCACAACUAAGCAUAGAGGGGGAACGUAUUCUUGAGGAGGCUGCGGAUUUUAGCAGCCAUGCUCUCAAAGAAAUGAUGCCUUUUCUUGACGAAGAUGAAGCUAUAAUAGUAAAAAAUACAUUAGAACAUUCGUAUGAGAGAACCCCGUCAACGUUUAUGGUCAAGAAAUUCAUCAAACAUUACUCGGGGACCACCAUGUCUCAACUUGCUGAGAUGGAGUUGGCUAAACUCCAGGCCCUACAUCGAACAGAAGUAACUCAAAUCUCCAGAUGGUGGACGGAGUUGGGAUUGGCUGAGGAGCUGAAGCUUGCGCGGAGUCAACCAUUGAACUGGUACUUAUGGCCUAUGACCAGCCUUGCAGAUCCUAGCUUGUCGGAGCAAAGAUUGGAGCUCAUAAAGCCAAUUGCCUUAAUCUUUAUAAUUGAUGAUAUUUUUGAUAUUUAUGGAACUCUAGAUGAACUCGUCCUCUUCACAGAAGCAGUUAUUAGAUGGGAUAUUAAUUCUCUGGAACGACUGCCGUAUCACUUAAGGAUCUGUAUCGAGGCUCUAUAUAACAUAACACGUGAAAUCAGUGACAAAAUCUACAAGAAAUAUGGGUUCAACCCCAUAGAGUACUUAAAAAGGACGUGGAUAAACCUUUGUGAAGCGUUUCUAGUGGAGGCAAAAUGGUUUGCUUCUGGACACUUGCCGAAUGCAGACGAAUACUUUAGGAAUGGGAUUGUAAGUUCUGGAGCAGAAGUAGUUACAGUACACAUGUUUUUCCUUCUCGGUUGUGCUACUAAUGAAGAUAGCGCUACAAUUAUUAAGGACAACCCAGGGAUAACAUUUUGUUUAGCAAAAAUACUUCGUCUUUGGGAUGAUCUAGGUAGUGCUAAGGAUGAGAAUCAAGAUGGCCAUGAUGGAUCAUAUGUGACAUAUUACAUGCGAGAAAAUGAAGGUUGCUCCCUUGAAAAUGCACACGGACAUGUUAUGUCAAUGAUAUCAAACACAUGGAAACAACUAAAUAAGGAGUGCCUCUCCCCAAAUAAAUUUUCAUCACCAUUCAUAAAGGCUUGUUUGAAUCUUGCAAGAAUGGGAGGAAAUAAUAUUCAUCACAACUUCGCAAGAAAUACUUAA